UCCAAUUAGCUUCCGCUACGAUCUCUGUGUCGUAAGGCCUUUCGGACCAAUGUAGCUCAUCCUAUUUUGGCGGCUGUGUGGAAAACAUGGCGGAAAAUUUGAAAGAUUGCAGCGUGCCCUGCAAGAUGUCCUGGGAUGAGCUGGAAGCCAUGUGUCGAAUGGAGAAACUCCAGUGUCAAGAGCUUGGAGUUAGCAGAGCCAACGUCAAUGAAUACGAGGUUGAAUUCCUAUGUGACUACAAGAAGACUAAGGAAGAGGAGUUGUACCUUGUAAAAUGGAAAGGCUUUCCAGAAUCAGAUAACACUUGGGAACCCAAGAGGAACCUAAAAUGUCCCAAACUGAUGAAGCAGUUCCAUCUCGACUUGGAUCAGGAGCUGAGGCGCCACAAGCGACGUUGCAUCCCAAAAAAGCUAGAUAAAGAAGUUUCCUCAUUUCUGCUCCAAAAAGCCAAACUCCGCCAGAGUCUGCAGCGCUGGGAAGACCAUCUGAAUCAUACUCGCAAUCAUCCAGGGCGCAUUUUUGUCAUGAACGAAGUGGACCUAGAGGGUCCUCCGAAAAACUUUACCUAUAUCAACAACUAUAAAGUAGGUCAGGGCAUUGUGUUAGAUGAGAUGGCAGUGGGUUGUGAGUGCAAAAACUGUUUAGAGGAGCCAGUGAAUGGCUGUUGCCCUGGGGCUUCCCUCCAACGCAUGGCCUACAACGACAGAGGACAGGUCCGGAUUCGGCCUGGACAGCCAAUAUAUGAGUGCAACUCCCGCUGCAGCUGUGGGCCUGACUGUCCCAACAGAGUUGUGCAGAAUGGAAUCCAGUUCGAUCUGUGUAUCUUUAAAACGGAGAAUGGCCGGGGAUGGGGAGUCCGCACACUGCAGCACAUCAAGAGGAACACAUUUGUCAUGGAGUACAUUGGGGAGAUUAUCACCACAGACGAAGCAGAGAGAAGAGGUCAUAUAUAUGACCGCCAGGGCUCUACGUACCUCUUUGACCUGGACUAUGUCGAGGACGUGUACACAGUGGAUGCAGCUCACCUAGGAAACAUUUCUCACUUCGUCAACCACAGCUGUAACCCUAACCUGCAGGUAUACAACGUGUUCAUUGACAACAUCGAUGAGAGGCUUCCGAGAAUUGCGUUAUUUUCAACACGUGCUAUCCGAGCUGGAGAGGAGCUCACCUUUGACUACAAAAUGCAAAUUGAUCCAGUUGAUACAGAAAGCACCAAAAUGGAUUCCAGUUUCAGUCUAGCUGGGCUUCCUGGCUCUCCAAAGAAGAGAGUUCGAGUGGAGUGUCGGUGUGGAUCAGACUCAUGUCGAAAAUAUCUGUUCUGACAAGGACCUGUGGGAAAAAUGUACAGUUUUGGGUUUUUUUGUUUUUUUUUUAUUAUGAAAGAUUAAAUCCCAACUUCACUUUUACAUUUAUGAACAAGGCAGACUCUUAAGAUGGAAACCACAGUCCAGCUUCAAGUCUGUGAAGUGUGUGUGUAUUACAAGUGCUUAAUUACUGCGAGAUAUUUUUUCUUGUCCUCUUUUAACUCCAAAAUAGAUUUGAAACAAAAAAGUGAUUUAGCUUGUAUUCUAGGCUUUAUAAAGUGCAGUUCAUGAAUGUACACGUUCCUCUGUGACUGUCUGCAACAGGUUUAUUACUGCUUGGCGCUGGCCAAGCCUGGUGGGCAGAAAGAGCAGCAGUCAGUCUAUUAUUUUUUAAAUCUGGAUCAUUCUUUUGUCUUUUUUUCUUUGAGUCAAAAUUAUUUAUAGGAACAAAUAGGCUUUAUAGGCUCCCGCUGGUAUUCUUUACGAUGGUCUUCACACUUCGUGUGCUGGUAAUCAAAACAUUGGCUCCAGUGCUUUAGGAUAUUCCAUUUAUUUAUUCUGCGUUCUUAGUUCUGUUUGACUAAAGAGGUAUGCAAUCAGGACAGGUUUCAGACAAUAGUCACCACAGUGAAAUAUAAUAAUUGAGCAAGAAUGCAACUAUAGCCAAAACUGGGUUUGGUUUGGCUGUACUGCAGUUUGUCCUGAGCCAUGUCCGUGUUCCCUCACGCUUUCUCUUAAUAUGCAUGUUGUUUUUUCAGUCAUGGUGUUUGAUACUCCAGAUGUUGGCCAAGUCAACAGUGUACAGUGUAUAAGGCUUGAUCCUACUGUGUUUGCACUGCUGCUAGGCCAAGACUUCCUAUAAUGGCCCACCAACAUGGAAUAGCAUACAGCUGGUAGAUGGGUUUUCAGUAAGCUAGAACAACAGAUGCACGCAAUGUGUUGUCAAAGUGUCUGUGGCUGUUCUAAAUGUGUGCACUAGAAGCUGUGGAGGUAUAUGUGCAGUUCUGCUUGCAACUGCUUUAUCUUAAGUCUCCCUUGAUGAACCAUUUAUGGUUUAAUCGGAUAAAAGGACACAAGUUUGUAAAGAGAGCAUGAUGCUGUGCUUUCUCUAUCAGUCUCACCACUGUGCACAGGCUGACAUGGUGGCUUUCAGCACAGCAUGCCGUGCACAUCUUCCCAUUAACAAGGUAAGUUAAAUCUGCACCUGUGCACAGAACUAGAAGCUCCGUGCUUCUUUUACUAACAGCUACAUAGGUGGAUGAAGGUUGGGACAAUACAACGGCCUGUUUUCUGGAUAUGGUUUAUUAUUUUAUGUCUGGUUAUUUUUAUUGUAAAGAAUCUUUGUAUGGUUUUACACAUGUCAACACAAAACAAAAAUUCUCUACUUUCUUUCUGCCAAAGAAACUGAUUCCCUGGAAACUGGCGUAUAGAUGUUAUUUUGAAUAAAGUACUCAUGUACUGGGGAUACAUGAGAGCAUUUUAGUGAACUGCUCUUCUGGCGGCCCAGGGUAUUGUAAUUUUUUUUUUUGUAAUAAAUGGUCAGUAGCUGAUUAUUUUACAGUUUUGAUAUUUAAGCGUUUUAGUUAUCAAUACUUGUUUUUAUCAAUGUGACUUUCUGAUAGAUGGAGAACAAAAACCGUGCUAAUAAAUGGUGCAUUUGUA